AUGGCUUCUGGUGACCGUCGUGUAAGUUCAGGUUCAGAUGGCGGAGAUCCACUCCUGGAAGAGGAGAGGAAGAGAAAGCGUAUGCAGUCGAACCGCGAAUCUGCGAGGCGGUCAAGAAUGAGGAAACAGAAGCAAAUUGAAGAUCUGACUGAAGAGGUCGGCAGAUUGAAAAGCGAUAACGAUCGUCUUAAAGAGAACAUCAAGGUGACGGAGGACGCCUAUGCUGAAAAGGAGGCGGAAAACAAUGUCGUUAGGGCACAGAUAAUGGAGCUUUGGGAACGAUUGCGAUCUCUGAACUCCAUGGUGAAAAAUGCUGAAGAUGUUAAUGGUCCAUCUAAUGACAUGGCUCUUUAUGGCGAUCCUCUUCUCAAGCCUUGGUUUCUACCUCAUUUGAAUUUUUCUCUCAUUGCUUCAAAUGAUAUGUUGAGGCAUUGA